UGCACCGGCGGGAGUGGAGCCGCGGCGCGCGCUCGCCCGGGACGCCGGCCGCCCGCCAGCCAGAGCGAGCGGCCCGGGGCGCCGAGGGGGCCCGCGCCCCGCCGGGCGCCGCCGCCCUGGCCGCCAUGUGCUCCCAGCUCUGGUUCCUGACGGACCGGCGCAUCCUCGAGGACUACCCUCAGGUGCAGAUCCUGCGCGCCCUCCGGCAGCGCUGCUCCGAGCAGGACGUGCGCUUCCGGGCGGUGCUCAUGGACCAGAUCGCCGUCACCAUCGUCGGCGGCAACCUCGGCCUGCAGCUGAACCAGAAGGCGCUCACCACUUUCCCAGAUGUGGUGCUUGUCCGGGUGUCCACACCCUCAGUGCAGUCGGACAGUGACAUCACCGUCCUGAGACACCUGGAGAAGUUGGGCUGCCGCUUAGUCAACCGCCCACAGAGCAUUCUAAACUGCAUCAACAAAUUCUGGACAUUCCAGGAGCUGGCUGGACAUGGGGUCCCCAUGCCGGACACCUUCUCCUAUGGUGGGCAUGAAGACUUUUCAAAAAUGAUCGAUGAAGCCGAGCCGCUGGGCUACCCGGUCGUGGUGAAGAGCACGCGCGGACACCGGGGAAAAGCUGUUUUUCUCGCAAGAGAUAAACACCACCUCUCAGACAUCUGCCAUGUGAUCCGCCACGAUGUGCCCUACCUGUUCCAGAAGUACGUGAAGGAGUCCCACGGAAAGGAUAUCCGGGUGGUGGUAGUAGGUGGCCAGGUGAUAGGCUCUAUGCUUCGCUGCUCCACAGACGGACGGAUGCAGAGCAACUGCUCUCUCGGUGGCGUGGGCGUCAUGUGCCCACUGACAGAACAAGGCAAGCAGCUGGCUAUCCAGGUGUCCAACAUCCUGGGCAUGGACUUCUGUGGCAUCGAUCUCCUCAUCAUGGACGAUGGCUCCUUUACGGUGUGCGAAGCAAACGCCAACGUGGGUUUCCUAGCCUUUGACCAGGCCUGCAACUUAGAUGUGGGCGGGAUCAUUGCGGACUACACCAUGUCCUUGCUGCCCAACAGGCAGACCGGGAAGAUGGCUGUCCUCCCAGGACUGUCUAGUCCCAGGGAGAAGAAAGAGCCAGACAGCUGUGCUUCAGCUCAGGGAGUCACAGAGAGCGUCUACGCCAUCAACAGCGGGUCUACCUCUAGCGAGAGCGAGCCUGAACUGGGAGAGAUCCGGGGGUCCUCAGCAAGCCCAGCGGGGGCCCCAGCCCCCAUGCUGCCCGACCCUGGCUACAACAUUAACACCAGGAUUGCUUCAGAAUUAAAACUUAAGUGAAUUCCUGCUUUUUGGCAGCAUUGAAACCAAAUCCUACUGCUUCCCUAGUAGUUUUGAGCGAAUAAAAUCUGGACUAGUGUGAUUUCAUUUGCACAGAGACUAGAAAUCCCAUCUGGGCACUCAGCAUUCUUUCUAACGAUGAUUUAAGCAAAUGGCCUAGCUUUGCGGUUUUUAUAAACACUAAUAUAAAAACCCUCACCGAGAACAACAUCCCGACUGAUGGAUUUGAGACCGAUGUCUGCUGCAAGCAGUUGGAUGUUACGGCUGACUCUGUGCUGUGCUUCUGGCUUUUAGCAGUGGAGCCCAUUAACUCAGAACGGCUCCUGGAAAUACUGCACAAAAGAGCAACCACCGGACAGAGGCACGUGCAGAAGAGGUGGAAUGUGACUGCAGUUGUGUGCUCUUCAUUAAGUGUGUGUGUGUGUGUGUGUGUGUGUGAGAGAGAGAGAGAGGGAGAGAGAGAUACUCGGAGUACACACAGUCCCAGCGCUAUUAGAGAAUCAGUCUCUGCUCCCCAUCAAUCACCAUCUUGACCAUAUUUCUCUGACACUCAGGAUAUGGUGUUUUAAAGGGAGCUUCCUCCUUUGCAUCUUCAGUGAAGCACUUUGUAGAAAGUGAGAUUGAGCGUCCUUUGACUUCACUCGUUGGCAAACAUCCUGCUCUGUAACUGGGGCUUUCUACAGAUUGCUUUGCCACUCCAAAUAUAUAGAUCCUGCUUCAACUAACGCCAGCCCCAGCAGCCUCUUGCACCUUUGCUGCCUUUGACCUCAGCUGGAAAUGCACUUCAGUGACCUAGUGGCCACACACUUUCUUCCUUAAGCAUGCACUAGAACACCAUGGACUUCUUUUCAAUAGACUGUUCACUUGACAUUAGAAGCGAGUGGGUUUUUAAUCCUAGAAAGCUACUGGAAGAUAAUCAUUUCCCCUCCUCUUCUACUGAAACUUUAGGUACUUAGCUGUAGGAGAUUUUCUUGUAUGAGUCGGUGUUGUGAGCCUGUUGGGUAGCUAGAGCCAUUGGAAACACUCCAAUCCCCUUGACAUAACUAGUCUUACCCAGGUUCCAGAGACCUGUCCUUACCCACUUUUCCACACUGGGGAGACUCAGGUAUCAGGAAUAACUCGUUGCACAUUUGGUGGGGGGGAUGGGGGGGUGGGGGGAGUGGAUAAUGUAGACAUGACACCAAGUGCUUUUCAUUUUAACUCUUCCAGCAGUAGAUGAUGACACUGCCCUUGGGAGAAGUCACGGACAUGGAGUGUUUCAUUUCUGCUUCUGUGAAGUAUGACAAAAAUGAGCAAGGCUACCUUUUUAACCAAAUACACUAGAACAUAUGCACUCAAGAGUCACCAUGAUUGUACUUAUUCCCCUGGGAGACCUUACUCUUGAGCUGUGAUGUUGCAUGUGCCAAGAGCACUAGACUUCCUCUUUGGAGUUACCUUUGAAGCCAUGCGAGAAAAGAGGCCUCAUAACCUUAUAGUCAGACCUCGUUUUUUUACACCACCCUUCCCCAGAGAUCAUCCCGAGCUCCAUCACCCAUUUUAUUGAUCAGACUUAUCUUCUAAUGCUCUUUGGCUGGUUAAAAAAUAUCAUUCCUCAAAAGAAUAAAUCUACCCUUAAAGGACAAAGACUUAUCAAUGUUAAGGAUGCUUACAAGUGGACAGUUUCCAAGGAAGGUUCUAGAAAUGUUAUGAGUAAGGUCAGCUUCCCUGGACUAAACAUACAUCUUCCCAACGUGACCAGUUUGAAGGAACAACACCCAUUUGGGUGUACGAAUUCCUGUACUUAUUCUGCUGUAAAUGUAAAACGUGUAUAAAGUCAAACUAUUACAUUUUUCCACAACACAUUUAAAUAGAAAUUGGCUUUGAAAAUACCGUGGCUAAAAUCAGAUCUCACCAAGUAACUGAAACUGAAAAAUGUUUGGCACCAUGCAAUGGAGAUGUCGCACUACACAGUAGUAGUUUAAAUACAGUCAACAUAGGGUGCAUGCCACUGAACCGUAAUUCCAGUCAUGUGUCUGUACAGUCGAAAAACGAUAAUCCUUCACCUUUAUAUAGGUUAAGACAUGUACCUUAUCUUUACCACUCAGGGUGGGUUUAGAAGGAUGGUUCUAGGUCUGUUCUCGUUGGAUUUGGCCAGAUGCUUUCUACGUAAACCUCUGAACCAAGUGAUGACUUUCUGGAAGCUGCAUUCACUCCUUCCCACAGUUUAGUGCAAGCCCAGUCUCUCCACUUUACCUAAAUAGAUGCUCGUGAGCCCCAUCCUGAGCACAGCAGCUAGAGGGUGCUUCCAGAUUUGUCAAAGGGGGCCCAUUUCCCAGCUGCCAGUGACAUCUGUCGUCAUUGGCAUCAUUGCUUGGAACCCAGCCCUGUCUAGAGAGCUGGGGCACAGCUGGAUCAUAGCCUCCCUCCAGGAUUUCCCAUACUGGCUGUGGGCCCUGUGAGCCUCAGCCAGGUGGCUGGGCCACACUCGUCACAGCUGCCCACAGGGCCCGCUGGAAGGAACCGGGGGUGUAGAGCCGGAUCCCGGUUCUGGUUCUGCCCUAAAAUAGCUGAUUAACCUUAUACAAUCAAGUUGACUCUGUGCCUCGAUUUUUCCAUUCUUCUGCUAGGGGAGAUGCCUAUUCUAUUUAGCUCUUGGGGCAGGUGUUUUGAGGUUGGAGUUAAUUAAUGAAGCUGUACAUUGCGUGGGAGGUGGUAGAAGGACGCCUCCCACAUCUGGUUUUUAGCAGUUUCCUAUCACCCCUCCUCUGGGGGAGUUAAAGAGGCCAUAAAUUCUUGGCCUUAGCACACUAAACAGUGGUAGAGGGCCUGAAAAAGGAUGCAGCUUCUCAGAGGGCUUAUGACCUGAAAGAAGUAAGGCUCUUAGUGUAUUCAGCCUUCUGGAUGGAUUGUAUCUAACCUGAAACUCUUGACUCUCGUGUAUCAACUAACAGUCUUCCUCAUGUAACAUAAAUUGCAGUGUCUGUAUACAGUCUUCCCAUUAUCUGGUAGUAGCAUCUUGAAACUGGUCAAAACUUGAAUGCCAAUAGCUCAGUCACUCAGAAUAUAUAUGACUUUGCACUUGGGAAAAAUGUCUUCAUGCUGUUUGUCUGAUUGCUGAGGGGUAUGGGGUUCCCCCAGAAGGUGGAUUUGGGGCUUUAGGUCUUGAGGAUCUGAUCAACAAUAUAAGUGGCUCUUAAGCCAUUAGUGUCACAAUUGCAGACUCAAUUCUCCCAGCUCAGAGGGGAUUCCAUGAACUUUGGGGAUGGGCGAGGAGGAAGGAGAGGAGAGGAAGGUCUGGGAUAGUUUUGUGACAUUUCAGUGGAAGAAAUAAGUUGGGAUCAUCUGGAAUUCUAGUGGGAAGGAGGAAGAAAUGGCUCUUCCGUGGGUUGUUGGAAUGAAAGAAUUGUGAAUAUGUAUUGCUUAUAGAGGUAGGGGUCUUUCUUUGAAACUAUUCUGUAUAAAGAAAAUGAGUUGCAUGGGUUCUCAUCCACCUCUCAGCGGAAGUAAGAGAGACAUACCUCAUCCCCUUUUUUUAAAAAUCUUUUUUCAUGAAGUUUUUUUUUUAAAUUGAAGUAUAGUUGCUUUACACUGCUGUGUCAGUUUCUGCUGUACGACAAAGUGAAUCAGCCAUAUGUAUACAUGUAUGCCCUCUUUUUUGGAUUUCCUUCCCAUUUAGGUCACCACAGAGCACUGAGUAGAGUUCCCGAUGCUAUGCAGUAGGUUCUCAUUAGUUAUCUAUUUUAUACAUAGUAGUGUAUAUAUGUCAGUCCCAAUCUCCCAAUUCAUCUCACCCUCCCCUUCCCCCUUUGUCCUCUACCUCUGUGUCUCUAUUUCUGCUUUGCAAAUAAGAUUAUCUGUACCAUUUUUCUAGAUUCCACAUAUAUGCAUUAAUAUAUGAUAUUUGUUUUUCUCUUUCUGACUUACUUCCCUCUGUAUGACAGUCUCUAGGUCCAUCCAUGUCUUUGCAAAUGAUGCAAUUUCGUUCCUUUUUAGGGCUGAGUAAUAUUCCAUUGUAUAUAUGUACCACAUCUUCUUUAUCCAUUCCUCUGUUGAUGGACAUUUAGGUUGCUUCCAUGUCCUAGCUAUUGUAAAUAGUGCUGCAGUGAACAAUGGGGUGCGUGUGUCUUUUUGAAUUAUGGUUUUUUCAGGACAUAUGCCCAGUAGUGGGAUUGCGGGGUCAUAUGGUAGUUCUAUUUUUAGUUUUUUAAGGAACCUCCAUACUGUUCUCCGUAGUGGCUGUAUCAACUUACACUCCCACCAACAAUGUAAGAGGGUUCCCUUUUCUCCGCACCCUCUCCAGCAUUUGUUGUUGUAGAUUUUUCGAUGAUGGCCAUUCUGACCGGUGUGAGGGGAUACCUCAUUGUAGUUUUCAUUUGCGUUUCUCUAAUAAUUAAUGAUGUUGAACAUCUUUUCAUGUGUUUGUUGGCCAUCUGUAUGCCAAACUAUACAAACAGCUCAUGCAGCUCAAUAUCAAAAAAACAAACAACCCAAUCAAAAAAUGGGCAGAAGGCCUAAACAGACAUUUCUCCAAAGAAGACAUACCUCAUCCCUUCUUUAAGUCCUGAU